UUGUAUUUUUCCAAAUCUCGUGUAGAAAAACUUGCAACAGCUAAAAAUGAAACGAGCUGUCAGCAAAGAAGAUAAGUUAACAGACGUAGAAUUGGCGAAGGUAAAGGAAAUAGAAAAUGGAGCCAUUAAAUCGAAGCGAAAGUAUCCGGGAUUUCGAAAAAAUAUGCUUGAUUAUAUACAGCAGUACACUGACUAUACUGGCAUCCACGGAUUCAAAUAUAUGGGAGAACAAGACAGAUCCAUUUUUGAAAAACUAUGGUGGUUAAUACUGUUCUGCAUAUCACUCUAUAUAUGUAUCGAUUUGAUAAUAAAAACCUGGGAAAAGUGGGACACGUCCCCAGUAUUAGUAAGUUUUGCAAGAAGUCCAACCCCUGUUUGGCAAAUACCAUUCCCAGCAGUGACCAUCUGCUCAGAAACUAAAACUAAACAGACGGUGUACAAUUUCACAGACACAUUCGACAAAUAUAGGAUGCAACAUAACUUAACCGAUCUUGAAUUGAAACAUUUAUCAGAUAGUGCGCUAAUUUGUGACAAUCACCUUUACAAUGCUGGCAAUCUAACUACUGGUCUUGACACGAUUGACUACUUAAUGAGUGUUGCGCCUCAAUUUGACGAUGUGUUCCAUUCCUGCAGAUGGACUCUGCAGAAUAAAUCUUGCAGCAGUCUUUUCUAUCCUAUUCUUACAGAAGAGGGUUUAUGUUUUACUUUUAACAUGUUGGAUAGGAGUCAACUUCUUAGAAAUAAGGUCUACUUAGAGCAUAAAUAUAUGGGCCACGGGAAAGACACUGAAGACUGGACGUUGGAAGACGGCUACAAGAGGGGCGCAAAGAAGGACACCUUCCCCAGAAGAGCCAUGUCUGCGGGAUCCUCAGCUGGUCUAUUUCUAGAACUAAAAGCUUAUGGUCCAGACUUGGACUACAUCUGUAGAGGGCCAGUUCAAGGAUUCAAGAUUCUCUUACAUCACCCAGCAGAGGUCCCAAGAGUCAGCAGGCAGUACUUCAGGGCUCCUCUGAAUCAGGAAGUGGUGGUUUCUAUAAAACCGGAUAUGAUGACUACGUCAGCAGGACUAAAGGACUACAAUCCUCAUAGAAGACAAUGCUUCUUUCCCAACGAAAGAUACUUGUCUUUCUUCCAGAGUUACACACAGCAAAACUGUCAAGUCGAAUGUUUGACAAAUUUCACUCUGAAAAUGUGUAAUUGUGUAGCCUACCACAUGCCUCAUGAAGAGUCAACACCAAUUUGUGGUUCUGGAAGCAUCAAGUGUAUGUUCGAAGCACAAACAAAGCUCUUAGAGAAAGAAGUAGAAUCAGGAUUAUCAAGUUCUACGUUCGACGUUAGUGGAGACGCUGGUUGCGACUGUCUACCAGCUUGUACCUCCUUAACAUACAACGCUGAGUCUACCCAAGCUGAAUACAACUGGAAGAAAAUGUUUGAAGCUACCAGAAAGAAUGUAAGCGAAUUUCCAGGAAUGCACUUCACCAGGUUGAACCUGUUCUUUAAGCAGCAGCAAUUCAUAAAUUCGGAAAGGAACGAACUGUUCGGCCAGACAGAUUUUCUUGCCAACUGUGGGGGUAUCCUUGGACUAUUCACUGGAUUUUCCUUCUUGUCUAUCGUGGAAAUAGUACAUUUUCUUUCGUCAAGGCUGAUGUGCAACGUGAAGAUGUAUGGUAGACACUACUGGUCAGGAUCUGCAAAAUUGCUUAACAACGAUGCUUAUGUUCAUGACUAAAGCAAUGAAUAUUGUUUUUAGGUUUCACUCAUAUUAUAUUUAAUAGAUAUGUAAAAUGUAUAAUAUAAAUUGAUUGUUUUAAAUAGUCACAUAAAUUUUAUAUACAAUUUUGAGUACAAAAUAACAACAUAGACAUACCCAAACUAUAUACUUGAAUAUCAAUAUGUUUAAUUUUAGUAAAACAUUGUAAACUUAUUUAAGAGAGUACACUUUUAAUAAGAGAUGAUAUUACUUAAACUUAUGUAAAUUAUUUUUCGUAAUAAAAAUUCUGUGCCGAAAUUGUCAACAAUUUUUUGCAUCUACUUAGAAGAAUUGAAUUGGCACAUUUCAGGAUAUUUUAAAAAAUGUACUGCAAAACAGUAGCACUAUUAUAGUUAAUGUAUUGUAAAAUAAAGAAUAUUUUAC